GCAGAGUGACCUGGAGGAUACCGUGCGUAAUUAUCGACUCUGUGCGUAUAGGCCUAUGUUUGAUUUUCACAGCUCAUAUAUCUGCUGCAUGGCAGGAUGCUUGCCUUUCAUUGUUAUCUGAUAUGCAGCUUGAGGUCUGGAUGUAGUAACCUGUCUUGAUGGAAAAAGGGAACCUGGCCGACACAAUGAAAAAACUUGGACUUAUUGGAGUGCUACUGGCAGCCCAGGCAAAACUGUCAUCAGGCUGCCAUCCUCAUCAUCAUCUCGUCAAAGAGGAAGACAAGUGCAUGAAAGAUCUGCUACGUUUUAAGUCACUCAAAGCAACAGAAAACAAUAUGACUGUACACUGUAAGGGAAUGUGGGAUUACCUGAACUGCUGGCCACCUGCUUCUCUUGGGGAAACUGUCUCUCAACCGUGUCCCGAAUUUUUCAACGCAGAAGGUAAAGUGUAUCGCAACUGCACUGCCAACGGCUGGACAGACCCUCUUGUUCCACAUGAGGAUGCAUGUGGCUACACUUUCAAUGAGACACUCCACUUUCUUGGGGAGCCGUUAGAUUCUCAUUUGUAUUUCUCCUACGUGAAGACCAUGUAUACAGCAGGAUACGCGCUCUCUCUCAUCUCUCUCACCAUCGCCAUCGCCAUAUUCUGUCUGUUUAGGAAGCUGCACUGUACCAGGAACUACAUUCACAUCCAGCUGUUCAUCUCCUUUAUCCUGAAAGCCAUCUUCAUCUUCAUCAGAGACUCUCUGCUAUUUAAGAAUGAAGAGCUCUACCACUGUGACUCCUAUCCUGUGGCAUGUAAGGUCGUGCUGAUGUUUUCCAACUACUCCAUCCUGGCAAACUACAGCUGGCUGCUGGUGGAGGGUCACUUCCUCUUCACGCUGGUGAGCCGCUCCUUCUUCUCCCUGAAGAAACACCUCGUCUGGUACAUCGUCCUCAGCUGGGGUAUACCACUGAUUGUUAUUGUCUCCUGGGGGUGUGCCAAAUAUUUUUAUGAGGAUGAAGGCUGUUGGGAAACCAGGAAACUUGAAUGGAUUUGGUGGAUACUUCGAGUUCCAGUUUUACUCACUAUAUUUAUUAAUCUCAUCUUUUUCUUGGGCAUUUUGAGGAUACUGGUGAGCAAACUCAGAAUGCCAGAUGCACAGAGGAAUGAAUUCAACCAGUACAAGAGGCUGAUCAAAUCCACAUUUUUCCUGGUGGCUCUGUUUGGUCUGCAGUACAUCGUGUUUGCUUUGUUACCAGUUCAAGUCAGCAGCUUAGUGUUUAAGAUAUGGACCUUUGCUGAGCUGGCUCUGUCAUCCAUACAGGGCUUUGUGGUCGCUGUCCUCUACUCUUUCAUGAACGGAGAGGUGCAACAUGAGAUUCAGAGGAGGUGGAGGAGGUGGAGGCUGACUCAGCACCUGCCCAGUCGACCCAAGCAGCAUCACAGCUCCGUCAGCCAGAGCGGGUCUCCUCACACACAGGUCUCCCUGCUACCCUGCUCUCCAGGCAGCCUGACAACCAGCGGGCUCCCUAUGGAUACUAUGGACGUGAUUUAAGUUGGGACUGGCAUGUUUUCUUUCUUUCCUUGUUGAUACAUAUUCAAUCCUGGCUUAGUGCUGACUGUCAAUUAGUCUACAACUGCAGCUUGAGUGUUUACUGCUGUCAAAUGCAUAUUUUUCUAAUCCCUGGAGUGGUUUUAUCUGAGAAUGUCAGGAUGUAAAAUGUACAGUUGGUAAAUUGUCAGUCUUUGUAGUAAUUACACAUAUUUAAAAUGAAUAUAGCAAUGAUUUAUGUUCACAUGCUACAGUUACAACCUGUAAUGAUGCACUUAAUUGUUCAGGUGACAAUAAGCCUCAAAAGGGCAAUAGCAAAAAUUCUAAAAUAUCUAUUAAAGGGGUACCCAUGCUAUUUAGUAUUAUACUUCAUAAAGUCAAGGGACUUGGGAAAGACAGAUUUGAGAAAGAGAGGUCAAAAUUGUUACAGCAGAGACUGAGAUAUCCUGACUUUUUGUACCUGGUACUGGUCAAGCUUCAAGAACACUGGAUCCUACACUUCCCAUGAUGCAAUUCAUUAGCUUCUUUCCUUAGAUAAUAAGUACUUUAAACUCCACGACUCCAGUUUGUAACGUACAGGCUUUCUGUAAAAAAAAGUUUGAAGCCCAAUCUGAGAUAACCCUGAUCAGGGUUGUUUUAUCAGACUCUUCCAGAGCCAGAGAAGACAUUAUCACAUUGUACAACUGGGUACUUUUCCUUGUGGUGAUUAAACUGAAAAUUGGUUGGCUAUGUGCUUCUAAAACCCCAAAAACAUGAUUCACCAUCAGCCGAACUACAGUGACUGCCCUCAAGUGUUUUUCUAGCUGCCCUGUGAUCCAAUUCAACAGUUGAAAUGAAGCACCACCCUCAAUUACAACUGUGCACAAUCUGCCAUCUGUACUGAACAUCUGUGGGACGAAGCUGUGUCUUCUGCAGAUAAGUGUCAAAACUCGCUGGACAUUUGGACAUCGUUGUUUCAUAGAGGACAACAGCAACAAAUGAAACAAAGAACAGAAACUAAUGAGAACAAGUAUUUAUUUUUAAUUGCCAUUUCUGUAUACAGACACUCUGUUCUGAAGGUUUCUAUAUGAAAAUGUAUUUGCAUUUUAGAAAAUUCACUUUCUUGCCUAGAGUGAGUUAGUUAGAUGAGAAGAACAUACUGUUUGGAGUUUUUAUUUUUUUUAUUUUAUUUAAAAAAAAAUUUGUACCUCACUUUUCUAUUAUUACCUUAUUUUGCUAUUUGGAAUUUUCAUUUAUUUCUAAUCCUGCCUUUGGUGUUUCCUCACUGCAAAUUAAUGAGAUUUAUGAUAACAUUUCCCCAGUUCCUGUUUUUAUUGAGCGUUGUUACUAUUGAGUGCUUUAUUAAUUACAAAGUCAUUUAUCGCUUUGUGUGUGGAUGGGGGGGGGGGCUACUGUUUUAUUGUGUGAAGCACUUUGUAUUACAUUUUGUUUGUAAGAGAAGUGCUAUACAAAUAAAGUCUGAUUGAUUGAUUGGUUGAAGAUUGAUAACUUUCUCAUGUUUGUAAAAUAUGAAAGUCAGCAGGCGAUUAGCUUAGCUUAGCAUAAAGACUGAAAGCAGGGGGAAACAGUUAGCCUAGCUCUGUCAGGCUGAUUUUUUAACCAUUGGACAGAGCCAGGGUAGUUGCCAAAUUUCCAGUCUGUAUGCUAAGCUAAGCUAACCACUUGAUGGCUCUAUAGAUUCAAAUGAAUUUCCCAAAAUGAUGAACUAUUCCUUUAAACACUUCUAUGUUUUAACCAGUGUGGAGUAUCAGAAAGUAUUCCAAAUUGCGUUGUUCUCUAGCAUUUGACCUUUUAUGUCUUACAUGGCAAUAAAGUACUCUUAGAGAGUAGCAUCAUUUAAAAUCAGUCCAUAAGAUUCUCAAAUUUCUUGUGUCUAUUAAAAAAGGGAGAUAU